AUGUCUCCCGAACCUCUCCAAGAUGUCCGUCCCAUGUUUGAGCUCCGUGGCCGCAACUACAUCGUCACAGGCGGAGCUCAAGGCAUUGGCUUUGCCUGUACGCGAGCUAUAUGCGAGAUGGGCGGCAAUGUAGCAGUGUUAGACAUCCAGGACCAACCUGUUGCCGAGUUUAACACUCUGAGCGAGAAGUUCUCUACAAAGACUGUAUAUAUCAAAACGGACGUCACAUCUGAACAAAGCAUCGAUGCUGCUUUUGAAAAGGUUCUGAGCGAGUUUGGAACUAUCGAUGGUGUUGUUCCCGCAGCGGGUAUUGCGAUUGACAAGCCGUUCUUGGACCAGACCUGGGAUGAAUUUACGCGUAUUCAAGAUAUCAAUGUCCGAGGAACAUUUUUCGUCGUUCAGAAAGCUGCACGACAAAUCAUCAAGCAAGGCACCGCUGGAAGCAUGGUCCUGCUCGCCUCACAAUCCGCCCACAUUGGCCUUCCAGGUUACCGAAUGGCGGCCUACAACGCCUCAAAGGGAGGUAUUCUCAUGCUUUCAAAGGCGCUAGCUGUGGAACUUGCACCCAAGGGAAUCAGGGUGAACACGAUAUCUCCUGGAUUUGUGGACUCCGAUAUGACCAGAAACGUGCGUGAGCACAAGAGUAAGAGAGAAGGCGAACAAAUGUGGUUGUCGCCGCCUAAUCAGAGAUUGAGUACCCAGAACGAUCUCACAGGAGCGGUUGUUUACUUGCUGAGUGAUGCGGCGAGACAUACUACCGCCGCGGAUAUCCAGAUCACCGGAGGAUUACAUGCGGGUACUAUUGAUGGUUUAAUUAGCUACGAUAAUUAG